GAAACCCGAGCCCCGCGCCCACCACCCAGGCGGGCGACGUGGCUCCGUGGCUCCGCGGCCCCGGCCUCCUCCUGCAGCCCGGCGGCCAAUGGCGCGUGAGCGGGGCCGCCCGGAGCUCCCCUGUCCGCCGCCCGGGGCGCGCCCCUCCGCUCUGGCACGGGGCGGGCGCUGGCUGAGGGGCCGGCCCGUCCCCUCCCUCCCGGCGCCGGCCCCAGCCCCGCCGCUGCCGCGCGCGCUCCGAUCCCCCAUUCCCGAGCUGCCGCCCUCGUCGCUCGCUCGGUGCCUCCCCGCGGGCCGCGCUCUCCUCCCGACGAUGGCGUGCGGCGGGCGCGGUCGCCGCCUGGGGCUGGCUCUGGGGCUGCUGCUGGCGUUGGUGCUGGCGCCCCCAACGCUGAGGGCCAAGCCCACCGUGCGCAAGGAACGCGUGGUGCGGCCCGACUCGGAGCUGGGAGAGCGGCCGCCCGAGGACAAUCAGAGCUUCCAGUACGACCACGAGGCCUUCCUGGGCAAGGAGGACUCCAAGACCUUCGACCAGCUCACCUCGGAGGAGAGCAAGGAGAGGCUGGGGAAGAUUGUCGAUCGAAUCGACAGUGACGGGGACGGCUUUGUUACCGCUGAGGAGCUGAAAACCUGGAUCAAACGGGUUCAGAAGAGAUACAUCUACGAUAAUGUCGCUAAAGUCUGGAAGGAUUAUGAUCGGGACAAAGACGAUAAAAUUUCCUGGGAAGAAUACAAACAAGCCACCUACGGUUACUACCUAGGAAACCCCACGGAGUUUCAUGACACUUCAGAUCAUCAAACCUUUAAAAAGAUGCUGCCACGUGAUGAGAGAAGGUUCAAGGCUGCAGACCUCGAUGGUGACCAGACAGCCACCCGCGAGGAGUUCACUGCCUUUCUGCACCCUGAGGAGUUUGAGCAUAUGAAGGAAAUUGUGGUUUUGGAAACUCUGGAGGACAUCGACAAGAACGGGGAUGGCUUUGUGGAUCAGGACGAGUAUAUUGCCGAUAUGUUUUCCCAUGAGGAGGGUGGCCCUGAGCCAGACUGGGUGUUGUCAGAACGGGAGCAGUUUAAUGAAUUCCGGGAUCUGAACAAGGAUGGGAAGCUGGACAAGGAUGAGAUUCGCCACUGGAUCCUCCCGCAAGAUUAUGACCACGCUCAGGCAGAGGCCAGGCACCUGGUGUACGAGUCGGACAAGAACAAGGAUGAGAAGCUCACUAAAGAGGAGAUCUUGGACAACUGGAACAUGUUUGUUGGGAGCCAAGCUACCAAUUAUGGGGAAGAUCUCACCAAAAAUCACGAUGAGCUUUGAUGUAGACUCACCGUAACAUGACAGACUGUCAUGGGCUUCCCUUUAUUGUCUCGGAUGGUUGCUACAAUUGUCUCAUUUAUAGCAGUUGUGUUCCCUCCCCCCCACCCCCAAAGCAAGUUUAUCACCUCAGAUUGGGGUUAAAAUUGUCUCUCACUCAGUAUUUGCUGGGAAAUAGUCAUCGCUAUUCUUUCAGGAGAUUUCUCUCCAAACACAUUAAAAUUUUGGUAAAUUUCAAAGCUCUAUGGAGAUACCUUGCUAAAACAGGACUUUUUAGCUUUAUCCAUGAAAUCUAAAGUAAAGGAGGAGAAACUUUGCGAAGCUUUGUCAUUCAUAAGUUGGCUGGGUAGGGAGGGGACAGCAUAUGGAGUGACUGCUGUGUAUUUUAACUGCAGAUUUUUUACAUUUGCCACUGUUAAAAAAUUGGUGAGGGAAAAAUUCUGAUUAAGCUUCAGUGGUGUCUCAUCCUACAUGGGCUUCUUUCAGAGCAGGGCUCAUAUUUCAGAUUCUUCCUUCUUUGUACUCUGAGCUGUUAUUGUCAAUGGUAUAUAAACCUCUGUGCAUUUUUCUGUACAACGUGCUAUAUGUGCACAACAGAUCGUUGUUUUUUAUCCUUUUUUUAAUGAUAAGAAGCAAUUAAGAAAGAUAAUGUGAAAAAGAAAGGAAUUUUAAAGGUAGGGAGAAAAGAUGAAUGUCAGGCAUUUGAAAAACUAUAGGAAAAUGGUAAACACUUUAUGAUACUUGAGAAAAUUUUCUUGAGAUGGAAAUGAAGUAGAUCUGAUCUCUGAAAAAGUGACUAGAAAUCCUAUCCAUUUCCUCGAUGAUCUCUGAUAGGAAUGAGGGAGUGGGGUCCUAGGGAUGCUGGCCCAGUGGAGCUAUGGAACCCAUCUCUCCCAGUCCCAGUGAGUCCACAACCCUCGGACCUACCCUGGGACCACUUGGACCGUGGAGUUGACAAAGCGAUGUUCGAGCCAUUGGCUGAAUUGGAAGAUGUUAACUUUUACAGGUUGGAAUUCCGCCUUAUAAGUAGAAAGUGAAUGAAAUAAAGGAUCCUGCUAAGGAG